GCCAAUGCUUUGACCUUCACAUCAGCCUCGCAUACUUGAAACCUACACGACGCUCUUUUCUUUGCUCUUUGCAAACUCUUUGUAAAAGCUCUCGAGAACACAACACCCCGGUUCUUCACUACAGCCGCCAAAAUGUUGAUCAAGGUCCGCACAUUGACCGGCAAGGAGAUCGAGCUGGAUAUUGAGUCGGACUACAAGGUCUCCCAGAUCAAGGAAAAGGUCGAGGAGAAGGAGGGUAUCCCGCCCGUUCAACAGCGACUUAUCCAUGGCGGCAAGCAAAUGACCGACGACAAGACCGCUGCCGAAUACAACCUCUCCGCCGGUGACACUCUCCAUCUCGUUCUCGCCCUUAGAGGAGGACGAUGGAUGGCAUAAAUACAUCGAACGAAUAUUUGAGCGAACAUAGUGGACCUCAUCCCGGCUUAACGAGUUCGCCGCUCGACAACCGAGGAUGACGAGGGAUGAUUAUACUAGGUGGAAUGACUGAGCACAGUACAAGAGCUGUUGAACCCACGGGAUCAUGAUGUCGAGUCAGCUGGAGCAGUCAUGCGCGAACACUGCUGCUAGUAUCAAACACUUUCAGGAGACACGGUGAUAAUACCAAAAGAUACGAUAAAGUUAUUCUCAUUGAAGCAUCCCGUUUUAACAAGCCUGGCUAUGCUC